ACGAAAUUUCGGCAACCCUUGAUAAAAUAUCAGAAACGGAAGUUGAGUUUAUUAUAAAUCAAAAUCGACUACCUCUGCCUGUUUUAACCAAGAAUAAUACACCUACAUUGUUAUCCGUUGGACCAUCUGCACAGACAUUUAAAGAACCUAGCUUGUUAUCCGUUGGACCAUCUGCACAGAUAUUUAAAGAACCUAGCUUGUUAUCCGUUGGACCAUCUGCACAGAUAUUUAAAGAACCUAGCUUGAACAAAAUAACUUCAAUAAUAAAUCGAUUACGUUCUUCUAAAAACACUCCACUUGAAAGGACAGCAAGAACUGAUAAAGACUUAAAUUAUUUGGUCCUUAGAUCUAAUACAUUUAUAUAG